AUGGAUCAGGAGUCAUCAACAAGGAAGGAGAUACAAGGAAGCGUUGUUCAAAUCUCUUAUACAACUUCCUGUUUUGUUGAAGCUUAUAAUGCUCUUCUAAAGUGCCUGGGAUUGGGUGAAAGAAGGCCCCGAGAAAGCUCAUCAACUUCAAGUUCAGAGAAAGAAGAUGAUGAGAAAGCUUCUGAAGAAAGCCCACAAGAUCCUCCUCCAGCAACAGCUACAGACCCACCAGCUGAUCCUCCCACAGAUAACUCUGAAGAUCCUGCUACAGAUGCUGUAAGCACUCUUAGGAGGCGGACUCCACCAACAAGCAGUGGUGGAGGUGGGCAGAUUAAUUCCAGCUCAUCUUAA